GUCACGACGGCGGCCCGAACUUCCGUAUGACACGUAUGCCGUCCGCAAUCUCCGUCACGAAUCAGUUUUAAAUGCUGUUGUUCCUUUCGGAACUUUUCAGCGGCGUUAUAUUUUGAUAUAAUUAAUCCACGUUUUUAAAUCACGACGAAUCUCCGCCUCAGCUUCUGCUCCUUAAGGACGCGGGAGGAAAUCCCCCAAUUUCUAUCAUGAGUAGUGUUGCGGAACAGCCAUGCUACACGCUAAUAAAUAUUCCAAUGGAUUCGGAGCCAAUCAACGAGCUCCAGCUGAAACUCGAUCUGGAGAAGGGUGACACCAAGAUCAAAAUCGAAGCACUCAAGAAAACAAUUCAUAUGAUUCUCAGUGGCGAAAGGCUCCCCGGGCUUUUGAUGACCAUUAUAAGAUUUGUGCUCCCAUUGCAAGACCAUAUGGUUAAAAAAUUACUUCUUAUUUUUUGGGAAAUUGUCCCAAAAACUUCUCCAGAUGGUAAACUACUUCAGGAGAUGAUCCUCGUCUGCGACGCAUAUAGAAAAGACCUGCAGCAUCCAAACGAAUUUGUCAGGGGAUCUACUCUGAGAUUUCUCUGCAAACUCAAGGAGCCUGAACUUCUGGAGCCCCUUAUGCCUGCGAUUAUAGCCUGUUUGGAGCAUCGACAUUCGUACGUUAGGCGAAACGCAGUUUUAGCCAUAUUCACAAUAUACCGUAAUUUUGAGUUCCUCAUACCGGACGCGCCAGAGUUAAUCGCAAAAUACUUGGACGGUGAGCAGGAUAUGUCCUGCAGAAGAAAUGCAUUCCUCAUGCUGCUCCAUGCUGAUCAGAGCAGAGCUCUUGCCUACCUAGCUGCUUGUCUUGACCAAGUUCCAAGCUUUGGAGACAUCCUUCAGCUUGUCAUUGUCGAACUGAUCUACAAGGUGUGCCAUGCGAAUCCAUCAGAGAGAGCUAGAUUUAUUCGUUGCAUCUAUAGUUUGCUAAACUCACCAAGCGCUGCCGUUCGGUAUGAAGCUGCCGGUACCCUGGUCACCCUGUCUAGUGCCCCAACAGCAAUACGAGCUGCUGCUGCAUCCUAUGUAGAACUGGUAGUUAAAGAGAGUGAUAACAACGUGAAGUUGAUUGUUCUGGAUCGAUUGAUUGCCAUGAAGGAUAGUCCUGCCCAUGAAAGAGUAUUACAGGAUCUUGUAAUGGAUGUUCUUAGAGUUUUGGGAUCUCCGGCGUUUGAAGUCAGGACAAAAACCCUUGCUUUGGCCAUGGACUUGGUAUCAAAUCGAACCAUUGAGGAAAUGGUACAACUGCUUAAAAAAGAAGUGAUGCGGACUGCUGGUGGCGAACAUGAAGAUGCUGGUAGAUACCGUCGGCUUCUGGUUAGGACCCUGCACGCCUGUUCCAUAAAGUUCCCGGACGUUGCAGCAACGGUUAUACCAGUCCUGACUGAUUUUCUCUCUGAAAACAACGAAGCUGCAGCCACUGACGUUCUUAUUUUCGUUCGUGAAGCCAUUCAACGAUUUGAGCCACUCAGGCCACUCAUCAUAGAAAAACUAUUAGAAGUAUUUCCACAAAUUCGGUCGGUCAAAGUACACCGUGCAGCGCUCUGGAUCCUUGGGGAGUAUGCAGUCUCAAAGGAAGACAUCGAGGCUGUAAUGAGCCGCGUUAGAGCUGCUCUUGGAGAGCUACCCUUAGUCGAGGCAGAGAACAGGAGGGCGGCUGGCGACAAGCCGGCCGAAGAUGGCGGUGCUCCAACGUCAGCGGCAAACCCAGCUCAACUUGUAACUUCGGAUGGAACAUAUGCUAGCCAGAGUGCAUUUAGCGCAGCAUCGACUGGUAAAAAAGAAGAAAAACGUCCAGCUCUGGUCCAGUACAUGAUGGACGGUGACUUUUUCAUUGGUGCUUCUCUUGCUACAACACUUGCUAAACUUGUACUGCGCUACAAAGGUCUCGAGAGCGAUGUUACGAAGAGCAACAGGAUGCAAGCAGAAGCAAUGCUCAUUAUGUCAGGUGUAUUGCAACUUGGUAGAUCCGGACUCCCCACUAAAGCUAUGACCCACGACGAUGCUGAACGAUUAACCGUGUGCCUAAGGUCACUAGCCUGCCCCACUCCCAUCAUUCAAAAGGUUUUCACAGAGGGCUGUAGAGACGCCCUUAGCAGAAUGUUCGCCGCCAAAGCCGAGGAAGACUCGCAAACUCAAAAGGCAAAGGAAAAGCCGGGCAGCAUCGUGCAAGUUGAUGAUGCAAUCCAAUUCCUACAACUCAACCGUAAUCUGGAUCUCACCGGAGGCACGGGAGACGUUUUCGAGCAAAGUCUUAGCGUCGCGGUUGCUGGCAGGCCAGGCGCGGCAGGAGACACGCCAGCGCCUAGCGCCUUGAGUAAAGUAACGCAGCUCACGGGAUUCUCCGAUCCCGUAUAUGCGGAAGCUCUGGUCCACGUCAACCAGUACGACAUUGUCCUCGACGUUCUUGUUGUCAACCAGACGGAAGACACCCUCCAAAACUGCACGUUAGAACUCGCGACAAUGGGUGACCUCAAACUCGUAGAAAGACCGCAACCCAUAGUUUUGGCUCCAAGAGACUUUGCCAGCAUCAAGGCGAACGUAAAGGUCGCCUCGACGGAAAACGGCAUUAUCUUCGGAAACAUUGUAUACGACGUGUCAGGCGCCGGUUCGGACAGGAGCGUAGUAGUUCUGAAUGACAUUCACAUAGACAUAAUGGACUACAUAGUACCAGCAACAUGUACCGACAGUGAUUUCAGGCGUAUGUGGUCAGAGUUUGAAUGGGAGAAUAAGGUGUCGGUAAAUACGACACUGUCAGACCUCCGAGAGUACCUCGCCCACCUACUUAAGUCAACCAACAUGCGCUGUCUUACGCCGGAAAAGGCUCUUUCCGGCCAGUGCGGAUUCAUGGCCGCAAACAUGUACGCAAAGUCGAUAUUUGGCGAAGAUGCGCUCGCAAAUUUGUCAAUUGAAAAACCGAUGCACAAACAGGAUGCUCCAGUUGUCGGUCACAUUCGUAUAAGAGCUAAGAGCCAAGGUAUGGCGCUUUCAUUGGGCGACAAGAUAAACUCGACGCAAAAGGGGCCUCAAACUAAACUCGUCCAAGCUGCUUGAGCACCGUUUGAUUUAUUCAAACUAUGAUUAUUAUUCAUUGCAACAUCAUUCAUCAGCUAUUCGUCACGAGUAAAUAGGCUGUUACACUUUGCCUCGCGACAAAUUACGCCUAAUGAUACUGGAAACGGAACGAAUUGUCAAAUUUCGAAUCCGAGAGUUACUGGAAAUUCCAUUUCCAUCCAUAUUAUGCGAAAAAGCCGCGUGACUCUGGUGGACAAUUGAGUCCAUGGACCUGACCGGCGAUAGAAGCGUUGACUAUAUGAUUUUCUGUAACAUUUCUAACAAUUGUUAAUAUUAUUAUUAUUAUUAUUAAUAUACAUUCAUGUAUCAAUGAACAUAACAUAGCACAUCUUACGACUUUAGUCAACUAUUCCAGUAUAUUGUUUCAACAUUAUUCAUGUCGGGACGUUCGUUGUAAGUGAAACCUAUACAUAUGCGGUACAUACAUAGAUUAUACCAACAUAUUACAUAAUAUACAUUUAUUGAAAAUGAACAAUGUACCAGAGUAUUGCAAAUAAAAGAGAGAUUAAGGUA